CAUUUAUUUGACUCUUGGGUUAAAGCAAAUCAAGCAGCAAGCAAGGAGCCAUGAACUCUCUUCCUCUCCAUCUCUGCCAUGUCCACAACUUCUCCAUAAUCAUCAAUAGGUCAUACGCACUCCUGCAUUCCAUAGCUAUAGCUUUGUUGAUAUACUACAGGGCGUCUUUCCUUUUCCAAGAAUCCAAGAACAGAACCGUACCCACCCUACCAUGGCUUCUAGUCUUUGCCUCCGAAUUGCUUCUCUCUUUCGCCUGGCUCCUCCGACAAGCUUAUCGUUGGCGUCCUGUUUCUCGGACCGUAUUUCCAGAGAGGUUGCCAAGUGAUGACAAGCUUCCAGCCAUUGAUGUGUUUAUUUGCACUGCGGAUCCCAACAAGGAGCCCACCGUGGAGGUUAUGAACACUGUGAUAUCAGCUAUGGCGCUGGAUUAUCCACCAGAAAAGCUUCAUGUGUUUCUCUCUGACGAUGGUGGUUCUGACAUAACUUUGCGUGGUACGAAGGAAGCUUGGACCUUCGCAAGGUCGUGGCUUCCAUUUUGUAGGAGGUAUGAAAUCAAGACUAGUUGCCCUGAGGCUUAUUUUUCAUGUUCCAAAGAUGAUGACCAUGGCGACUUUAAGAGUUCUGAAUUCAAAGCAGAGAGGCAAAAGAUUGAGGAAAAAUAUGAGAUGUUCAAGGAACGGGUAAGGAGAGUACGAGAAGAACAUAGCAAGUCGGCGGAGGCAGCUGCUACCAUUAGCAACAGUCGUGAUCACCCUUCUGUCAUUGAGGUUAUACGAGACUAUUCCAAUGAGGAAUUGCAAGGAGACCAAGUUAAAAUGCCUCUCCUUGUUUAUGUAUCUCGUGAGAAAAGGCCUUCUUAUCGUCAUAAAUUCAAGGCUGGAGCCCUCAAUGUCCUUCUUCGGGUCUCUGGGAUGAUGAGCAAUUCUCCGUACAUUCUGGUGCUUGACUGUGACAUGUAUUGCAAUGACCCAACUUCUGCUAGGCAAGCAAUGUGUUAUCAUUUUGAUCCUGAGAUAUCUCCCUCUCUAGCAUUUGUACAGUUCCCUCAAACAUUUCGGAACAUUAGCAAAGACGAUAUCUAUGACAGUGAAAUCCGAGCUGUAUUCAGGAUACAGUGGUACGGUAUGGAUGGCCUGGAAGGACCUAUUUUGUCUGGUACAAACUUUUACAUAAAGAGGGAGGCAUUAUUGGGCAGCGUUACCCAAGAAGGUAUAGACCUUAUGGCACUUAAGAGAUCUUUUGGUCCAUCCAACGAGUUCAUAAAAACCCUUCGUCAAGACUAUAAGCCUAGUUUCAUCAAUGAUGGGGAAUCUUCAAGCAUGUUGCUGGUAGAGGCCAGAGUUUUAGCCUCUUGCUCCUACGAAAAUCAGACAACAUGGGGCACGAAGGUCGGUUUUAUGUAUUUUUGUGUUGUGGAAGAUUACAUCACAAGCUUUACUUUACACUGCAAAGGCUGGAAAUCGGUCUAUCUUAAUCCGCCAAGGCCCCAAUUCUUGGGAACUUCUACCACAAAUUUAAGUGACCUAUUAAUUCAGGGCACAAGAUGGGCAUCAGGAUUGACUGCAGUUGCCAUCUCUAGGUUUUGCCCUCUCAUUUAUGGACCAUUAAGGAUGUCUUUGCUUCAAAGCUUGUGCUAUGCAGAACUUGCAUUUUGGCCUCUUCUCUUUUCCCUGCCUCUUUGGGGCAUUGCUUUCAUCCCUCAACUCUGUCUACUCAAUGGCAUUCCUUUGUAUCCAGAGGUAUCAGAUCCAUAUUUCAGCCUAUUUUUGUUCAUUUUCAUAUCAGCUCUUUCAAAAAAUUUAUACGAGAUUCUCACAACUGGUGGGCAAAUUCGGACAUGGACAAAUGAACGGAGGAUAUGGAUGAUAAAAUCAGUUACAUCUCAAUUUUAUGGACAUGUGGAUGCCAUUCUGAGUAAGCUUGGUAUGAGUGAAGCCAGUUUUUUGCCUACAAGUAAAGUCACUGAUGAUGAACAAGUUAAGCGAUACGAAAUGGGAGUGUUUGAUUUCCAAGCGCCAACAAUGUUUCUUGCUCCAUUGGCUACAGUAAUUCUAGUGAACAUUGCAUCAUUGGUUGGAGGUGUUGUUAGAAUGGUGGCCAUGGAUAAUGGAGAUUGGACAAAGAUGGCCGGACAAAUCUCUCUCUCAUUUUACAUAUUAAUUGCGAAUCAUGCAAUUAUUGAAGGGAUGAUAAUCAGGAAGGACAAAGCUAGUAUUCCAUCAUAUGUUACUUUAUUAUCUGUUGUAUUUUCUGUGAUAAUUUUGUUAAUCGGAUCUAUCAUUCUGUGUUAAAUUAUAUUGAAAUAAAUUUAUAAGUUGCAUUUAGUAGUUUACUAAGAAUUUAAUUAUUGAUGAUGUAAUUGCUGAAUAUUUGAAUGUUAGGAAGAUAAUGGUAUAAUAUAGGAAAGUGAUGAUUAUAUGGAA